GAAUGGUGAGGGUGUCAGUACCACAGUACCCUGAGCUUGGCCAAGACGUAGAGCUGUUGUGUAGGUUUGAACUGCAAGGAGACAGACUGUACUCUGUGUCCUGGUAUAAGGACUACAUGGAGUUCUACCGCUUUGUACCAAGAGGAACUCCGACUCAACAUGUUCACAAGAUGGAAGGCAUCAAUGUUGACCUCGAGAGGUCGGAUGCUGCAAAGGUGGUACUACUGUCAGUCCCUCUGAAGGCCAGCGGACUUUACAUGUGUGAGGUGUCAGCAGAGGCUCCAUACUUCACCUCAGUCCACGGACAGGCUUGGAUGAGUGUCGUUGUCCUGCCCCAGGAGGGUCCCAGGAUCAGUGGCGGAAAGCCUCACUAUUCCACGGGGCAGGACCUGAGCCUCAACUGUACAGCAGGUCCUUCCCAUCCUGCCCCCCGCCUGCAGUGGUUCCUCAAUGGACAUCAGGUAAAGUCAGAAUCGCAGGCAGUGACACAGCGUCACCAACAACUGCUCUCCUCCUCCGCAGAGCUGAGGCUCGUCCUCAGACCAGAACACUUCCAUCAUGGCCGCCUCAAAGUGCGAUGCCUAGCCUCGCUGCCAACCCCUCAUCAUACCCUGCGUGAGGCUAACCUCGUAGCUCUAAGGGGAGUGGGAAGUCAACAAUGUCUGGUCAGUCUGUGGUUGUUAAUCCUUGCCAUCGCAGCUGCGUCUUCGUGAUAUUCACAACUCUACUUCAAAUUGUAAAAACUUCCUUUAUCAAAGCAAUGAUUGAGAUAUUUUAGUUUCUUGUUACCAAUUCCAAUUCUAUCAUGUAAAUACAUAUAUUUUUAGCACAUAUAAAUAUAAUUUAUUUUGUUAUACAAGAUAUUUGACAUGUUUCAAAGUAAGUGUUCAGUUCUACCUAGAGAAGUAGUAGUCAAUUAUUUAACCUGUUAGUUUUGGCUUUGGUUGGUUGUGUUAAAAUUUAAUUAAGGGUUUGAUAUGUUAUAGAUUACUAAAAAUCUAUAAUAUUAAAAUUUAUUACAAAUGUCUAUUGUUAACAUUAUGAGGAGAGCUAAACCUAGGUAAAAAUAAUACUUUACGAAUGCUACCAAUUGGUAUUUUAAGUCCAAACAAAGGUUGUUUUACGUAAAUCAUCCAAUCAUUAAGUACAGAACAAGUAAAUACUUCAGUUUCCUAGACAUCUGUAUCGGGUGAUUGACAUCUGUGUGGUUGUGUUUUUAUAACAUUUAGAACAAUUAAUUCCUAAACAUAAACCAUCCGUCUAUAUGUCCAUGUUAUG